UCUUAUGUCAAUAUGCUUUUUGAAAAGAACUUUCAACUCACAAUUAAUAUUCCAAUAAUCCAAUAUAUACCCCGCUAUUGGCCAUUGCUACCUCCUCAUCAAAACAACCACUAACUUGUUAUCCUUUAUUUUUCUCUCAAAUAUACAUUCAUAGUACAUUAGUACAAAAUCAUUUCUACUCAUUAUUGAAAGCUAGAAAGGCCAUAAUCAUGAAGCAAUUAUCUAAAAAACACAAGAAAUUACUCUUGUUAGCCCUUCUUUCUUCCCUCCUACUCAUAGCCACCACCAUCGGCAUUAGCGUCGGAGUAAGCUCAUCUCAUCGGCAAAGAGAUCAUAGACUUUCCCCGGAAACACAUGCCGUUGUUAAAACCUCAUGCAGUAGCACUCUAUACCCUGACCUUUGCUACUCGGCUAUUGCCACCGCUCCUUCCACCACCUCCACCACCAAAAUCUCCACCCUAAAAGAUGUCAUUGCCGCCUCCUUAAACCUCACCACACUGGCCGUGGAACAUAACUACUUCACGGUAAAAAAGCUCAUCAAGACUCGUAAGAAUCUUACAGUCCGCGAAAAAAUUGCUCUCCACGACUGUCUCGAGUCUAUUGAUGAGACUCUGGAUGAGCUCAGGAGAACCUUACAGGACCUCCUGAGCUACCAACAUACUGACAACAAUAAUAAUAAUAAUAAUAAUAAUACAACACGCAGUAAGUCCUUAAAGGGUUAUGCGGAUGAUAUGAAGACGCUCAUAUCAUCCGCCAUAACCGAUCAAGAGACAUGCCUAGACGGAUUCUCCCACGGGGACGCCGAUAGGCACGUGCGAGACACGCUCCAAAGCGGGCAGGUCCACGUGGAAAAAAUGUGUAGUAACGCCUUAGCCAUGAUAACAAACAUGACUGACGUUGAUAUGGCUGCCGAAGCAGCCACUAAGAAGAGGCAACUUUAUUCUACUAAUAAUAAUGAUCAUGAUCAUGAUCACGACGAGUUCGGGUGGCCAAGGUGGAUGUCAAGUGUAGAUAGAAGGAUGCUUCAAGGGGGUCCCGUAAAGGCGGAUACUGUUGUGGCGGCUGACGGGACCGGGAACCACCGGACGAUAGCGGCGGCGGUGGCGGCGGCACCGGUAAAGAGUAAGAAGAGGUAUGUGAUUAGGAUUAAAGCAGGAGUGUACAACGAAAAUGUAGAUAUUCAUAAUAAGAAGACGAAUCUUAUGUUUAUUGGAGAUGGGAGGUCCAAGACGAUUAUCACUGGGAAGAAGAAUGUGAUUGAUGGUAGCACCACAUACAAUUCUGCAACUGUUGCGGUUACCGCCGACGGUUUCUUAGCCCGAGACUUAACCAUCCAAAACACGGCGGGUCCAGCAAAGCACCAAGCAGUAGCACUUCGUGUAGGAGGAGACCUCGCAGCCUUCUACCAAUGCGACAUCCUAGCUUACCAAGACACAUUAUACGUCCACAAAAGCCGGCAAUUCUACGUCAAAUGUCUAAUUACGGGUACCGUAGACUUCAUAUUCGGUAACGCGGCAGUCGUGUUCCAAGACUGUGACAUCCAUGCCCGUAAACCUAACCCGGGCCAAAAGAACAUGGUGACGGCCCAAUCAAGAACAGACCCGAAUCAGAACACCGGAAUCGUGAUCCAGAAAUGUAGAAUCGGAGCCACUUCGGAUCUACAAGCCUCGAAAAAUACGUUUCCGACGUAUCUUGGUAGACCAUGGCAAGAUUACUCAAGGACAAUAAUAAUGCAAUCGACUAUAAGUGAUGUGGUUCAUCCAGCAGGUUGGCAUGAGUGGGAGGGUGACUUUGCACUUAAAACUCUUCACUAUGGAGAGUAUAAGAACACUGGUCCAGGUGCUGACACUUCGAAGCGUGUACAGUGGAGGGGUGUUAAAGUAAUUACAGACACCGUUGAAGCUCAACAGUAUACUCCUGGGAAUUUCAUUGCUGGAGGAAAUUGGUUACCUGCUACUGCUUUUCCUUUCUCUCUUGGCCUCUAAUAAUAAUUGAGCAUGUUUAAUUUGUUUCUUAUUGCGAUUUAAGUGAUCAUGUAAUAUGCAAUAUUGUUUUGUUUGUCAUCAAGAAAAACUAGCCAACUCUACUA